AUGCAGGUAGGAGAGUAUGUCUGGGGGAGCAGCUGGCUCGUAUGGAGCUCUUCCUGUUCUUCACCUCUCUGUUCCAGUGCUUUACAUUCUCCCCUUGUCCUGGAGAAGAGCUGAGCUUGGAGGGCCAGAUGGGCUUCACGUAUUCACCCAGACCCUACCGCAUUUUGGCACAGUUCAAGAGGACACAAAGUACACAAACCUUCGCAUACAGGAGCAGACAUACCACAGCAAUGUUUUUAUACAAUUUAGUGGAAUACCUUGAUUUUAAGAGCUGGCUUAUAGGAUUUUUUCUUUUCCUGCUACUUCUUGAUAUCAUCAGGAAUAAAAAUCCAUCCAAUUUUCCUCCAGGACCACGGCCCCUACCUUUUGUGGGAAACAUUUUCACUGAGCUUAACUUCAAAACAAUAGACAAGCUUGCUGAGAAGUACGGAGAUGUUUUCAGCCUGCGCUGGGGCAGUGAGAAAACUGUGUUUAUCUCUGGACAUAAAAUGGUGAAGGAGGCUCUCGUUACUCAGCUGGACAGCUUUGCAGACCGUCCUGUUGUCCCUCUCUUUCACAAAAUCUUUAAGGGACUAGGUGUAGCUCUCAGUAAUGGGUACCUGUGGAAAAACCAGAGGAAGUUUAUCGUCACACACCUACGCCACUUUGGUGAAGGGAGGAAGGCCUUAGAGCUGAGUAUCCAGCAGGAGAGCAUCUUUCUGUGUGAAGCUUUCAAAGCAGAAAAGGGUCCUUUUGAUCCUCAGUUUUUCCUGAACAACGCAGUCUCAAACAUCAUCUCUGCACUAGUUUUCGGCCAUCGCUUUGAAUACCACGAUGAGAAUUUCCUGAACAUCUUGCGUUUGGAUGCUGAAGCUAUCCUUCUGGGAGGUUCUACCCAAGCUCAGUUGUAUAAUGCCUUCCCUCGCCUCUUUGAUUACCUUCCUGGCCCUCAUCGGAAGAUUUUUGCCAACUACGCAAAAAUAUUAGCGUUCUUAGAAGAAGAAAUAAGAAAACACAAGGAGAACUGGGAUCCCUCAAAUCCUCGGGACUACAUCGACAGUUUCCUUCUAGAAAUGGAGAAGAAAAAGAGUGAUCCUAAUGCUGGAUUUAACGUCGAGACAUUACUGAUCGCAAUGCUGGACUUGUUUGAAGCAGGGACAGAAAGCACAGCCACUACAAUGCGCUGGGGUUUUCUCUUCAUGAUGAAGUACCCUGAGAUACAGAAAAAGGUGCAGGCAGAGAUAGACAAAGUGAUUGGACAGUCACGCCAGGCCAGCAUGGCCGACAAACCCAACAUGCCCUACACUGAAGCUGUUAUUCAUGAGAUUCAAAGGGUGGGCAACAUUGUGCCUCUGGGUUUCCCCAAGAUGGCCUGUAAAGAUACUGUCCUGGGUGGAUUCUUCAUACCAAAGGGUACAGCUGUGACUACAAAUCUGUCAUCUGUGCUUAAUGACAAGAACGAGUGGGAAACACCAGACACGUUUAACCCAGGACACUUUCUGGAUGAUCAAGGCCAGUUCCUGAAGAAAGAUGCUUUCCUGCCCUUUUCAGCAGGUAGGAGAGUAUGUCUGGGGGAGCAGCUGGCUCGUAUGGAGCUCUUCCUGUUCUUCACCUCUCUGUUCCAGUGCUUUACAUUCUCCCCUUGUCCUGGAGAAGAGCUGAGCUUGGAGGGCCAGAUGGGCUUCACGUAUUCACCCAGACCCUACCGCAUGUGUGUGACACCACGCUAAGAGCCCAUACACACAUAUAUACGUUUUAAGCUAGCUGUUGUGAGAAACUUUAUCUUGACCCCUAUGAUCUCUCCCAACAGCUAACUUCUUUUUUAAGUAGGAAUGAACAAGCAUGAUUAAUUUUAUUUUUAUUUUCUAGCAGCAUUAUAGUACAGAAUAACUACAAUGCACAACAUAUUGUUUGACAUGAUUCGGUUUUAGCCACCCUAUAAUUCUCCCUUUACUGUGAGUGGAAGUAUUUACGUUUUUGUUAUACAAUAUACUUGUAUCUACUUCAUAUUUACACACAUAAUGGCUUUUGACUUUGUACUUAUAUGAAAAUAUGUAUUCAUAAGCAUACACAAAGAUAUAAACAAAGUUUGUUGCAAAGCCAUAUUUGGCAAUUACAGCUUUGAGACAUUUAUAGUAAGAAGUAAUCAGCUUUUUGCAGCAUUGUGGUUUAAUUUUGGCCAUUCCACAAAUUGUCUUCAAACCUUCAGGUUACAAGGGUCCCACUGAUGGACUCACAAUUUCAAAAUCCUUCUUAAAUAAAGUCAGGAGAUUGUCUAGGCCAUGCAAGCACCUUCUUCUUCUUCUUUUUAGAAACCAGUUGAGUUGAUUUGGCUGUAUGUUUGGGGUUGUUGUCUUGUUGAAAUGUCCAUCUUCUCCCCAGAUUCAGUUUCUUGGAUGAUGAGAUUAAAUUUUCCUCUAAUAUC